UUCUAGAGAAAGAGAGAGAAAAGAAAAUUCAGUUUCAUUUCUUGUUCCUGAUUUCAGCGAUGGCGGCUGCUGAUCUGAGAGACGAGCUGAGCUGCUCCAUCUGCCUGAGCAUUUAUACUGAUCCGGUAUCCCUGCCCUGUGGCCAUACCUUCUGCCGGGGCUGCAUUGGGAGAACAUGGGACACCCAGGAGGGGUCUGGGGCUUAUUCCUGCCCUGAAUGCAGAGCUGAGUAUCAGGAGCGCCCUGCCCUGUACAGGAACAGAGCUCUGGGGAACAUAGCAGAGAGGUUCCGUCCGACUGAGACAGAGCCGGGGGAGACUGGGAUCUUCUGCACUUACUGUCUCCUCUCUCCUGUACCUGCUGCUAAAUCCUGUCUCCUGUGUGAGGCUUCUCUGUGUGAUACCCACCUGAGGGGGCACUGCCAGUCAGCAGAACAUGUACUCACUGAGCCCACCGCUUCCUUUAUGGGGAGAAAAUGUUCUGUACAUCACAAGGUUCUGGAGUAUCACUGCUGUGAGGGCUCUGCCUGUAUCUGUGUGUCCUGCUGCCUGGCCGGGGGGCACCGGGGCCACAGGGUGGAGCUGCUGAGUGAGGGCGCGCAGCUCCGUGCGGAAACAGGAACGAUGGCGGCUGCUGAUCUGAGAGACGAGCUGAGCUGCUCCCUCUGCCUGAGCAUUUAUACUGAUCCGGUAUCCCUGCCCUGUGGCCAUAACUUCUGCCGGGGCUGCAUUGGGGGGGUGCUGGGUACCCAGGAGGGGUCUGGGGCUUAUUCCUGCCCUGAAUGCAGAGCUGAGUAUCAGGAACGCCCUGCCCUGCCCAGGAACAGAGCUCUGGGGAACAUAGCAGAGAGGUUCCGUCCGACUGAGACAGAGCCAGGGGAGACUGAGAUCUUCUGCACUUACUGUCUCCUCUCUCCUGUACCUGCUGCUAAAUCCUGUCUCCUGUGUGAGGCUUCUCUGUGUGAUACCCACCUGAGGGGGCACUGCCAGUCAGCAGAACAUGUACUCACUGAGCCCACCGCUACCUUUGUGGGGAGAAAAUGUUCUGUACACAAUGAGCCCCUAAAGUAUUUCUGCUGUGAGGACUCUGCCUGUAUCUGUUUGUCCUGCUGCCUGGCCGGGGAGCACCAGGGCCACAGGGUGGAGCUGCUGAGUGAGGCCUCUGAGAAGAAGAAAGAGAAACUGAGGAAAGUUCUGGAGAAACUGAGCCCAGAGAGAGAGGAGACUGAGAGAGGAGCCCAGAGGCUGCAGGAGCGCAGGAGAGAAGUGGCAGAAGCGGCAGCCGGUGAGACAGAGAGAGUCACUGCCCUGUUUAGGGGCAUCAGGAAAGAGCUGGAAGCCCUAGAGAAGCGACUCCUGAGUGACCUCUCCAGGCAGAAAGAGGAGCUCUCACUCACACUCACUGAGCUGAUCCAACAGCUGGAAAUAAAGAAGGAUGAGCUGUCCAGGAAGAUCAGUCACAUUGAGGAGCUGUGCAACAUGGCAGAUCCACUCACUGUCCUACAGGAACAAUGGGAAUCCCAUGGAGCUGCCUUUUGUGGGGCUGAGGGGGCAGAUAGUGAGGGCAGAGAGAGAGAGGGUAUAAAGGUCCCGGCUGUAGGGGAUCUGGAUGUGGGUCGGAUCUCAGAGACAUUACUCACAGGCUUAGCUGGGAUUGUGACUGGGGUAGAGGAAAGGAUCCCUGGGCAGGAGGCUACAGAGCUAGUACUGGAUAUAAACACAGCUGGGGAUCAUGUGUCUUUGUCAGGGGACAGGAAAACUGUAUCCUACUCACGUAAAAUCCAGAUUUACCCACAAACCUCAGAGAGAUUUCAGGAUUAUCCUCAGGCUUUAAGUACCAGGAGUUUCCCCUCAGGGCGACAUUACUGGGAAGUGGAGGGCAGUGAACUGGGGCAGUGGAGGGUAGGGGUGGCCUAUUCCAGUAUAGAGAGGGGAGGGGCUCAGUCCUGGAUUGGGAAUAAUAACAAGUCCUGGUGUUUGUACAAAUGGAAUAAUAACUAUUCAGUGAGACAUGGCAGGAAAGAAAUUAAGUUAACCCAUGUCCCUUCCUGCAGGAGAAUCAGGAUCUUAUUGGACUAUGAGGCCGGACGCCUGUCCUUUUAUGAGCUGAGUGAGCCAAUCAGGCACUUACACACCUUCACUGCCUCCUUCACUGAGCCCCUUCAUGCUGCAUUCUGGGUAGUAGGAGGUGCCUGGGUGAGAAUCAUUAGUUGCCCACCUCCCAGCAGGAAAACCCAUUCCCAGAGGGGUGCUUAGCCCUGUGAUGGAAAAAAAGUAACUUGGUUACUACAUUAAAUGUAUUAUUGAUCUAUAUAUAUAUUAUAUAUAUUCAUGUUGUUGUCACAGCUUCAUUGCACCCCCCACCUAAAGUUUUAAAAUUUAGUGGUGAGCGCAACUUACCCUUGUUUGCCAUAGUUUAUAUGGGAGCAGUGGCCAGCUCCAUGUUGUAACUCCCACCCUUCCCAGCUAUAGUCAGGUGAUCCAAGUGGCAGACAUUUUGGGGUUUAACGUUGAAAGCAAGCAAGUUGCAGAAACAAAAACCUAAAUUAUUUUAUGCACGAAAAUACAACUGAUUUGGAAAGUC